AGAAGAAGGGUAGUAAAGAUCUAGCUAGCAUCUAUCUCAGAUUCUCAAAAAGGAGGGGAAAUAUCAUCAGAAGGGUAGCUAGAUAUAUAGAAGCAAUAAGCUAAUUAAGGACUUUAAAGCAACAGAAUGCUUCCCAACGAUGAGCAAGAAAGAGAUAUGCUGCUUGAUAAAAUGCAACUCCUUCGAUCCGUCACCAACUCUGACGCUAUGAGUGAAACAUCAAUCAUAAUGGAUGCGACCAGGUAUAUCCAAGAGUUGAAGGACAAGGUUGGAAGAGCGAACCAAGAAUCGGAAUUCGCAGCUGCCUCUUUAAUUUCAACAAACAAUACCAACUCUUCAUCGCCAUCUUGCCCGCAUUUGGACGGUCCAGCCCGGCCACCAACGCCGACCGCCGGCCACCAUUGCCGGCGUCCGGCCACUGCCGCCAGCCUCCGGCCACCUCCGCUGGCCACAGGCCAUCUCUCAACUGUGCUGUUUGCCGCUGCUGGAAUCCGGCCGAUGCCGCCGGAAUUCGGCCAAAGUUCCAGAUCACAUUUUGUGCUAGUUUCACGCCAGGAGAUUCGCUGGAGCUUCACCACCGAUACCCACCGCCUGACUGUCUUGCCGCCACCGUACUACCCCGCCACCAACGGAUCGGACUGUCCCGAUUGCCCAAGGAACUAGGGGGCGGUUAAUUAAUUAGAUUAGAGGUUUUAGGUUAGAAUAUUAAUAUUUAGUCCUAUUUAUGAAUGAUUUAGGGUACAUUUAGUCCUGUUUUUACAAUUAAGUUUCUACUUAGGGCAAUUACUAAUGUUUCAACUACAACUAUAUUUAUAAUUUAUUGGUGUAUGUUUACAUAAUAGACUGCACACAAUAUUUCUACUAUACCACUACGAAAUGA